GAAAGGAAGAAGAAACCAAAAGAAAAGCUCACCCAUCUUCCAAGCGGUUCCAUAAACUUACCGUAAUAAUCAUGUGACGUCAAAUCAUUGAUGACGUCAACAACGUUAGUAGCCAAGGGAAUCAACAGAUACCACCUACCGGAUGUUUCUAACGAAAGGAAGUUCCCUCCAUCUGCGACUAUCGAAUAGAACCUAUGUAUAGAAAUACAACUUCCGCCGGAUGUUUACGGUUGCCAAGUGAGAAGUUGGAAACUCCGAAAAAUAUACGGUUUUCGUAACCACAAUUAAACCACUACACAUUCCAUCAUGACUAAGGAAUCGAUUGACGACGAUUCAUUUUGUAUACUUCUGAACAGAAUCAGUCAGGAGACGGACCACACAGAAAACAAAGUGAAAAUACUUUAUGACUUCAAAGGAUUUCUCAAUGCUUAUCAGGCAACUAAAGUGAUGCAUGCAUUGGGAAACCCAGGUCAUAAAGUGCAGGCCAUCCAAAUCUUAGAAACAAAAUUAUGCCGGAUGUCAUGCCAAGAUGCCAGACACAUAUUUGGAGCAAUGACCAUUCAGCGUGAUAAGCUAAUCGCUCUAGACUGUACCAAAAGGGUUCUAACAGACUACCACACACGAAUGGGUGAGGAAUAUAUCUUGAGUUGCUUUCCUUUCGAGGCAGACAAGCAUCAAGCACUUCAAAUUUUAAGAACGGUGAGAAGCGACAUAGCCGACAUACCUGCAGCUGGUAGUCACCAGGGUUAUGCUGCUCUGGGCGCCCUGUACACUCAGUCAUUCUCCUCCGUUCCUGGGACAAAGUUUAAAUCGCCGACACCAUUCAGCCACCCAGCUCCCCAUGAGCCGGAUACGAUCAGGUCCAUAUACCCCAACCAUCCGUCAUAUGCAUAUCCCAAGGAUAAGAGUUACGCUGAAGACAGGGGCUAUCCUGGACACAUCAUGUAUCCAAGCAACAUUGCAACUCCCCGCCCCUACCCAUCAGGAGCCCCCUAUCUAGGGCAGCACAGCGGGGCACCUGCACCUACUGGAUUCCCCAACUUGGACAAAUCAAGAAUUGUGUAUUAAUCAGGCCAUCUACUUGAUAGUCAGGCCAUCUACUUGAUAAUCAGGCCAUCUACUUGAUAAUCAGGCCAUCUACUUGUUAAUCAGGCCGUCUACUUGGUAAUAAGGCUUCUGCUUGGUAAUCAGGCCAUAUACUUGGAAAUCAGGACAUCUGCUUGGUAAUCAUGCCAUCUACUUGGUAAUCAGGCCGUCUGCUUGGUAAUCGAGCCGUCUGCUUGGUAAUCAGUUUCUUUUCAGUAUUGCUUUUGUAAAUAACUGUGCUUUGUAACCAUUUAUUUUUAAACCAACACAAGUCCAUUGUACAUUAUACCACUGUUAUGUAUAGUAACAUAUAUUGUUAGAAUAAUAUAUAUAUAUAUAUAUAUAUAUAUAUAUAUAUAUAUAUAUAUAUAUAUAUAUAUAUAUAUAUAUAUAUAUAUACGGUGAAACCUCAAAGAUACUUAUUUAUGUGCAUAAUGUUAUCAUUUUACAAGUGGAAAUUCAGUUGUGCUGUUUAUAUGGUCAGUCCCAUGUUAGUUAUAUACAUCAUCAUCACAAUGAUUUAAAACUGACAAAUUGAAAGUGGAUUAAAAAAAACCUCACCCUUAUUUUGUUGUUUAAGUAACAUCUUCAAAUUAUUUUUACUAUAUCCUUAAUUGCCAGGCUUGUAUAUGUUUAUGACCAUUUAUGUUGCCAUGCUCUGCAACCAAAGUUCCUCCAACACUAUGCAAAGAUGUGCAACCCCAAAUCAUUAAUUUAACUACUAGAUUAAAGAGACAGAUCCUAGUUUUUAAACACUAAGGCAUAGUUUUUAACUAUUAGAGCCAUUUAUGAUCACUGAAAUCAAACAUUACUUAUAUUUUAUUCUUUAGAUUAUCAAUUUCCGUACAACCGAAGUGU